AUGGGACUCGAAGUUCAUCGCCUCGACGAAUCCGAUUUUCCAGACUUUGUUCGUAUACAGAUGUCAGCAUUCGCUAGCGGUACUGGGAUGACUUCUCUCCUCACACCGAGUCCCCUCCCAUCAGACUAUAUCCAAAAGUUGAUCGACAAACAUCUCAAGGCGUGGCGCGAAGAGCCGGAUGUGCACUACCUCAAAGUCAUCGAUAAGAAUCUCGAUGGUAAGAUGAUCGCAGGCGCAAAGUGGCGUAUCAACAAGAAAGAGCGAACAGAAGAGCAAAUCCAAAGCAUGUUGCCGGUACCGGGUCCAGAAGAUGAGGGGAGGCCUGUGAUGGUGGCUUUCAUGGGUUUUUUGAGCCGUGUGAGGCGAGAGUUCAUGGGAACGAAGCCGUUCUGCUUCCUACAAAUUCUUGUAACGGAUCCAGAGCAUCAUAGACGUGGCGCCGGAGCGAUGCUGAUCGAGUGGGGGACUGAGAAGGCAGACGAUGCGCAGUUGCCGUCAUUUCUGGAAGCUACGCGGAUGGGAAGGCCAUUGUAUGAAAGGAUGGGGUUUGAGAAAAGAUAUGAAGAAGUGUUCGAUUUGUCGCAGUACGGAGUAAAGGGCGAAGAUUCGAGUACAGUGAUGAUUCGGGAACCUCUUUUCUACGUAAUGUGA